CGGCGUAACCGGCCUGGCCGUUCUUCCUUUCUCCUCCGUCCCCUCUCUCACUCUCUCACUCUUUCACUCUCACUCCCACCGACUCUCCCUCUCUCCCACCUCCCCUCCUCCCCGCCGAUUUGUCCUGCAAGCGAUGCUGUCAACUGCGACCGCCCCUCCUGAUCGUGUGCUUUGCUUCUCUUAAUCCUUUGCGCCUCUGAUAUCCGAUUACCCGACCGCGGCCACCGCGUUGGUUCCCCUCCGCCCCCACUGCUGAUUGAUCGCGAGGAAUGCGCACUUGAUUGCCACCCAUUGAGCCGUCAGAAAUACUCCCUGAAAGCCAAAGACCAUGGAUCCCUCCAGUCCCGCCACAUCUCGCGUUCAAUCCGACGGGAUCCUGAACCACGUUGCCCCGAAUCACGCGCAUAGCGACUCCAUGGUCACCGUCUCGUUAUCAUCCAACUCGGAGCACACCCAGCCCGAAUGGCGGACUCUCGACAUUCCCCGGACCCCCGUCGAGGUGACGUCGCCCGCCAGUGCCGAAGACAGCGAGACGAGAACCACGCCGACUUUGAAAUCCGUGCGGAGUGCCGGUGCGUCGAUUCGGUCUCGGAGCAGUGAGGAAGGCGACCGGGGAGAUGGCGAUAUGGUGGAUUGGGAGGAACUGGAAAAGUCGGAAGAGCAGGAACCCCGCCGCGAGGGGUCCGACGAGUCGACGGCCCUUCUGCUGGCUCGUCUGGAGCAAGAAAACAAUGCCCUGGCAACCAACCCUAAGUCGGGACUGACCAAUGUCCCAAAAACCCCGGAAAUACAGCAAAGACCGUCCCGAUCACAGUCGCUCCAUCACAUCAAACGAUUGAUCAACGAUGACCCUCGAUCGUCGUUGCGUUAUUCCCAGCUCCCCCCUCCCCCGAUGACCGAACUCGAAUUCUGGGCCGCUCUCGUCGCAGAUUACCCCCAAACCGCACAGCGAUUACCGACGUUGACCUCAAAUAAAAUCCGCGGUGGUGUCCCGCCGCCUUUGCGCGGCGUGGUAUGGCCUAGUUUGGCCGGUGCUCGGGAUACGACGCUUUUGGCGGAAUACCAGAGGUUGUGCGGCGAGACUAGCCCGUACGAGGGUCUGAUCGGAAAGGAUAUCGGUCGCAGCUUUCCCAACGUCGAGAUGUUCCGUGAUCCUCACGGCGAGGGACAGCAGAUGUUGGCUCGGGUCCUGAAAUGCUUCAGUCUCUACGACACGAAAAUCGGGUACUGCCAGGGUCUGGGUUUUGUGGUCGGUCCGUUGUUGAUGCACAUGACUGAUGCGGAGGCGUUCUGCGUGCUUGUGAGGUUGAUGGACCACUAUGACCUGCGCACGUGCUAUCUGCCCGAUCUGUCGGGCCUUCAUCUCCGGGUCUACCAGUUCCAGAAUCUCCUUUCGCGCCUUCGACCCGGUCUUUUCGCGCACCUGGAAUCGUUGCAUGUUGAGCCGGUGUACGUGUCGCAGUGGUUCCUGUCGUUCUUCGCGGUGUCCUGCCCUCUGCCCAUGCUGCUGCGGAUCUACGAUGUGAUUUUCCUCGAGGGCGCGUGCGAGACGCUGAUGCGAGUGGCACUGUCGCUGAUGCAGCGCAACGAGAAGAAGAUUCUGGCCUGCGCGGAAUUCGAAGACGUGAUGCAGCUGUUGUUGUCGCGCAGUUUGUGGGAUACAUACGCCUGCCACGCCGACGAUUUCGUCAACGACUUUGUCUCGCUCACGUCGCUGGUUACCAAGGAAAGCCUGCAAGCGCUGGAAGCCAGCUACAACCAAUCGCAGGGAGUGCCGACGGGCAUCUCGUUCCCCCAAAUGCAGGCGGCGGCGUCGCGCUUCUUGGGCCGCUUCUGGGCGGGGUCGAAUUCGGGGUCUGGCUCCCACAACUCCAUGAAACCCUUCUCGCUCAAUCCCAACCACGCCAGCACCAGCAUCCGUCGCUCCGCCUCCAAGCAGAGCAUGACCUCCACCUUAAAUUCCAUCGAAUCCACCUCCGAUGCCAGCACCGCUCCGACCGAACUCUCCGCCGCCGACGUCCCCAAGCCGCGCGCCAAAUCCACCAUGUCGCAGAACAAGGAUCGCGACCUGCACACGCAAAUCGAAGAUCUGCUGAUGGCGCUCAGCGAUCUACAGCGCCAACACGCCGACCUCACCCGGGACCUGCAGCACGAGCGCGAAGAGCGCGAGGAGGACCAGCAGAUCGCGAAAGCCAUGCUCAACCACAUCAGGAGCACCGAGAACCCGCCGAGCGAGCUGAUCGGCAAAGCCGAGGAGCGUUUCGUCGGCAGCGCCGCGCCGGACCGGGAAUCCAUCGACCAGACCAAGCACCAGCUGCGCGACGACCUCAACCGUUGGAAGGAGAUGCACACCGUCGAGGCCGGUCGCUGUCUCGACCUGACCCGUCGCAUGGACGACCACGAGAAGGAGAACUCGUCGCUGCGCGACCAACUCCGCGAAGCCCGCGGGCGCAUCCAAGACGGCUACCGCGAUCGCCAGCGUCUGGAGCGCAUGGUGCGCGAGCUCCGCUCCAUCAAAGCGCCCCCCUCCGACUCGCCGCCGGAAUCCUACGGCUCCCCCACCAGCGAGCCCGGCGAAGGGGCCACGCCGCCCGGCCUGCGCGAACUCAAACUCGUGCGCUCCAACUCGCAACGAUCCCUGUCGCAGCGCUCCAGCUCCAAACGCAGCACCUUCACCAAACGAUCCAGCAGCCUGGGUCUGCAAUCGGUGCUGUCGACGGAGAACAACAAGCCGGCCGGCGACGAGGCCCUCCUGCUCGAGCUCGUCAACGCAAAGACCGCCGAAGCCGUCGCCAAGCAAGAACUCGAGGAGGUGAAGGCCAAGAUGGAAGGGCUGCGGAAACAGGUCGCCGCGUCGCAGCGCGCGCAGUCCCAAACCCCCGAACCCCCCAGCCGCUCCCCCUCCGCCAUGGGCGUCCACAAAGUCGCCACGGAGCCGCCAGCCACCGGCGGCGGAUUCUUCAGCGGCUGGGGCCGACGGGCGGUCUCGACCAGCCAGGAGUCCUAUACGGAGAAAUAAAUCGGAUGUACAAAAGGGGGCUAUGGGUAUGGGAAUAGGAAUGGGGUUGGGGUAAUGGGUUGAGGUACAUACAUGCACAUAAUUUAUUCGGCAAGGAGUUUGACCGUGGCCUAUGGUGUUGCGAACUUAUAGACUUGUCUUUCUUUUUGUUUUUCACAGUCUUUUCCUUUCAAGUAUAUGAUAUGAUAUCCUUGUGUGUACAUACAACAGACAGACAGACAGACAGAAUACUUUCACCAC